UUUCUUUAAGGCAAAAAAGAGAACUCUCGGGCUGGCACUUUGUGUAGUUUAGCCCAGAUCCCUGUUUUAAUUAGCGUUUCAUUUCAUCUCCUCCUCUCCCUCUCCAGCCCCACCUCCUUGGAAUCAGCAUUUCUGCAUCCUUUCCUGUGCAUUGCAGAGCAGCAGGUGGAAGUCUGUCUGGCACCUGCACACACACACACUCACACACACACCCUGCAGGCUGGACGCACCUCUGCCGCGGGAGAGAACCCUUCCCACACUCCGGAUCUUCCUCCUGCCGAGCGAGCUGGGCUGGGAGCAUCCCGGUCCUCGCCUCAAGCUGCUCUGCCUCCCCUCGCCGGCUCUGGCUGCAGCACCAGCAGCACCCGGGCACGGAGGACCUCGGGAGGCCCCGGAGAGAGAGCUCUGCAGGGAGCCAAGCCCAGCUGGGGGGGUAAGAGCUGAACCUCGGGGGACUGGAGCAUCCCCAGUAUCUGGGGCGUCCUGGAGUCCAGAUCAUCCCCAACAUCCAGGGUAUCCUGGGUACGGAGCAUCCCUGGCAUCUGGAGUAUCCUGGGAUCCAGAGCAUCCCCAGCAUCUGAAGUAUCCUGAGUGCAGAGCAUCUGGAGUAUCCAGAGCAUCCCAGGGGCUCUGGGAUCCAGUGCAUCCAGUGCAUCCAGAGCAUCAGAGAAUCCAUAACAUCCUGCCAUCCCUGGCAUCUCGAGUAUCCUGCCAUCCAGCACAUCCCCAGCAUCCAGCAGCAGCAUCCAGGGACAUCCCAGAGCAGGGGCAUUUGCAGGGACGAGGCACUGCCUGGCUGUGAGUAACGGGGAGGGAACCUUGCUUCUGCUGAUCGGCUCCUGGGAAUGUCACUCUGCCCUGAGUGCCAGUGAAGAGAGAGAGCAGGGGAAGAGAGGGAGACAACGAGGAGGAGAGGGAGAGGAGGAGGAGGAAAGGAGAGGAGAGAGGAGGACAGACACAGAGCAGAUAGGUGGUCGUUCUUCCCCUGGAUCCAGCUCUGGCGAUGAUCACGUAGCACAGGUCACGCCAGAGAAGGUCCCCCCAACCCCAAAGCUCCCAUGGAGGGCGACCUGGGGGCCCCCAAUUCCAGCAUGCUGGGGGAGCACUCGCUGCUCGUGGGGAGUAGCUGGGUGGCCGCUUUCCUGUGCUUCAUCAUCCUGCUGACCACGGCGGGGAACUUCCUCCUCAUCCUCCUCAUCGUCACUCAGCGCUCCCUCCGCAACACCUCCAACUACUUCCUGGUGUCCCUGUUCAUGUCGGACCUUAUGGUGGGGCUGGUGGUGAUGCCCCCAGCCAUGCUCAACCAGCUCUAUGGGCGCUGGGUGCUGCGGGGGGACUUCUGCUCCCUCUGGGCCUCCUUCGACGUCAUGUGCUGCAGUGCCUCAAUCCUCAACCUCUGCAUCAUCAGCCUGGACCGGUACCUGCUCAUCAUCUCCCCGCUCAAGUACAAGCUGCGCAUGACCUCCUGCAGGGCCCUCUGGCUCAUCCUGGCCACCUGGACCGUGGCUGCACUGGCCUCCUUCCUGCCCAUCAAGAUGGGAUGGCACGAGCUGGAGUUCGAGGAGCUCUCCCUGAACGUCACCUCGUGGGGGGACGAAGACCAGUGCCGGCUGGUGGUCAGUUUGCCGUACGCCCUGGUCGCCUCUUGCCUCACCUUCUUCCUCCCAUCUGCUGCCAUCUCCUUCACCUACUGCCGCAUCCUCCUGGCUGCCCGCAAGCAGGCGGUGCAGGUGGCUUCCCUCACCUCCAACGUGGCCACCACCACCACUACUGAUGACACCAUGCCACAGAUUCCCUGUGUCCCAAGCCAGCCUAUGGCCGGCAGUGAGAGCAGGAGGUUCACCAACAAGCACAGCAAGAAGGCACUGAAGGCCAGUCUGACCCUGGGCAUUCUCCUGGGCAUGUUCUUCGUGGCCUGGCUCCCCUUCUUCAUUACCAAUGUGACGCAGGCUGUCUGUGGCUGUGUCCCAGCCGGAUUCUUCGACGUGCUCACCUGGCUGGGAUACUGCAACAGCACCAUGAACCCCAUCAUCUACCCACUCUUCAUGAGGGACUUCAAGAGAGCCAUGGGCAAAUUCCUGCCUUGCUGCCGGCGCUCGGGGGAGCCCCGGCCCAGCGCCAUAUCCUUCUCCAUGAGGAACUCCAACAGCGGAGCCCGUGCCGCCACGUCCCUCAAGAACAUCCUCACCUUGCAGGCUGAGACUGACUCAGUUGACUCUGGGGCGCUGGGGAAUGAUCCCAACCUGCUGCCAGCCCCCCUGACCUCCCACGCCCCCUCUAUCAGCCUGUGGGACGCAGAGCCCCCGGACGCGGAGCCGCAGGUUGGGCAGCUCGGCACCCCCGUGGCCUGAGUGGGGUCACAGAGCUCCAUGUGCUGGGAAGGAUGCCUCAGCCCCACACAAACAGCCCACGUGCUGCUGCUCCAAUUCCCUCUUCCAGUGCAUCGCGCAGCUUGUGGAGGGGCACUGCUGUGGGUAGGUUCAGCCACGUGUCACUGCCUUGUUUCUCUCUCUUCCAUCCCUCCUUUGCUCACUGGCACCAGUCCCUCACCCUUCUUGUGGCCUUUGGACAACACUCUCAGGCACGUGGUGGGAUUCUUGGGGUAUCCCGAGGGGGCCAGGAUUCGAUGAUCCUUGUGGGUCCCUUCCAACUCAGCAUAUUUUGUGAUUCUGUGAUUCUAAGAUUCUUUCCAUCUCUGGUUAGUUUGAACCUUGGAUUCCAGAUCAUCUGUCCCCCUAAACUUAAACCAAGGCUUGGUUUUCAGUUUUCACACAUGGAUCACCUCCAUUUCACCUACUGCACUGAGAGGAGUGAUGGAAACACAUCCCAUGACUCAUGGAUAAGAGGUUUGGAGCUGCUUCAGCCCAUGGAACAUCACGUCUUCUUGGAGCUGCGUUUCCUCUCCUGACUUGGAGCAUGUCUGUCUCGGUUUCCUGUUAAGCAGUGAGUUACAGCCCAGUGAAACCAUCGUGUUUAAUCAUGGAGAGCUGCACUAUGGGGGUUCAACUGGGUGCAGAAUGUCCAACACUGAUUUUUGGAUGUUCUGUGAGGGUGUGGGGAUGCGACUCGUCAUGGCUUUGUGGGUUGUGUGACAGUAGCAAUGGGAUCAGUGCCUCUUACAGCUCCAUCCUACAGCUUCCCAUUCUUGGCACAGGACCACCACACUUCUCUCUGACAAUCCGUUAAUUUUUAGAUGAUGCAAUUAGAAAAUACACCCUCCCCCCCUUUCAAAUAGGAAUCUAAAGAAAUACUGUCUUUUAAAUGACAAUUCCAGGCCGCCUCCACCCAGCCCACCCCCACCAUAGCCAUAAGCAGAGAGAACAGUGAGUAAUGUGGCAAGUGGGCUCUUAAAAUAAUCAAUAAAACAAAUGAUUUUAGUAAA